AUGUCGUUGGCGUCGGUUGCUCUUUGGGUGGCGCUUUGUUCCUGCAAGGAGUGGAUACCUUUCGCGGACGAGGCUCCUGCACCAUGGCAGGGUGUAUUUGGGGCGCCCAGCAACGACGUGCUGUUCUACUUGAAGCCAUGCCAAAUGCCGGUUUGCGGUUCGCUGGAUUGGAAAGCUGACCCCAUCAACGAGAAGGACUUGGCUUGCCUCAAGAAGGAUGCCCAGCAUGAAGUUCGGGUCAACAAGCAGCUGUCCACGCUUUGGAAUGCCCGCGAGCUUCUUUCCUUCGCAGAGGGCAAGGCUGCGAAGUUUGAUGUCGCCAAUGUGAUCACCAACCUGCAUCGGGUUGCGAAGGCCACCGAUCGAUGGCAGGUGAAGAGGGACCCGCGCCUGCAAGAUCUUUUCCGCCGAGGGGCCGAAGCCGUGACCCACGAACGAGCAUCUGUUCGAGAUAUUGCCAAGAUUCAGUGGGCCAUCGGGCGCCUGCACUUCCGGGACGAUGUGGUGGAAGAGAGGAUGACUGAUGCGAUACUUUCCCAUAAAGGCCAGUUCGAACCGCAAGGCCUCUCCAACAUCAUUUGGAGUUUCGGCUUCGCACAGCCAUCGCAGCCACCGCUUCUAGAGGCACUGCUCGAGGCCUUUUCCAAGAAGACUUUCGAAAGCGACCCGCAGGCCUUGAGCAACGUGGUAUGGUCACUUGCCAAGCUUCUGUGCUGCCGGACGCCUUUCUUGCAACUUGUUUCCCUGGCGGCCCUGAAGAAAUGCCAGGCGUUCGACCCCCAAGGGCUUGCCAACAUUGCCUGGUCGUUUGCCACACUCCAGCAUUCGGACAUCCCCUUGUUCUCCAAGAUCUGCGAUACGUUUAUGUCUGGCAGUGCUGGCUGGGAGCCCCAGAACGUCGUGAACAUGCUGUGGUCUUGCGCCAAGGUUCAAGUCUCUUCAGAGAGCUUCCUAGAUGCAGUGGCCGCAGAAGCCAUGUCAACGAUGGAGGGUUGGAGCUGCCAGGGGGUCGCAAAUCUGUUGUGGGGCUUUGCGAAGCUCGCCUCAGUGAAAGCAGAGCUCUUUGACAAGGGGGAAAAGGCAGUGAGGCAGAAGCUGCGAAGGUUCUCCCCGCAAAACUCAGUGAGUGUUGUCUGGGCAUUUGCCAAAGCCUCCCUACUCACCUGGGACCUGCUUGAUUUGGUGGCCUCCGAUGUGGUUCUGAAGGCGGAGCUCAGUCCGCAACACUUUUCCUCACUUAUGUGGGCGUGUGGGGCUUCGAGCCUCUAUCACGCAAGGCUUCUGACAGAGUUAAGUAGCAAAGCCACGGCAUCGGACCCUGCAUUGGAUUUCAAUUGCCAAGACCUCUCGAACCUGGCAUGGUCUUGUGCAAAGCUGCUCUGGACGGACAGUCCGCUACUGGGAGUGUUGGCUGCAGGUGUUGAACAGCAGGCCCAUGUGUUUCCCUCACAAAACCUGGCCAUAACCGUCUGGUCCUUUGGCUGCUUGACUUACUUGCAUGCUCCCAUGAUGGCCGUUAUCAUGGGGCAAGUGCCCAGCGCGGUCGCGCACUUGGGACCUCAGGGCCUGGCGAACUUGGCACAAGGCUGCGCCAAGCAGGUGUUCAAGCAUGAUGCCUUAGAGAUGCUCGCAGCCGAAGCGGCGGCUUGCCUUUCGAGUUUUAGCAAUCAAGAGUUCUCAAUGUUCCUCUGGUCCAUGGGAAAACUGGCCCUGGGCAUAGACUUGAUCGAGCGCGCCGCCAUGGAAACGAAAGCUAGGUGUCAGCUUCUGAACCCGCAGGACAUUUCUGUACUGGCCUGGGCCUUUGCUCAUUUCACUGGUGGCCGAGAUGUUCUUGACCUUCUCUCCUGGGAGAUUAUGAAAAACAUUGCUGACUUCUCACCUCAAGACCUAUCCAACAUCUCUUGGGCUUUUGCGGCUGCAAGUCUGGAGAAUGCGGUGAUGAUGAGUGCGGUAUCCAAGCAAGCGCUGCAGAAGAUGGAUAAGUUUCACGCCCAGGACCUGUCAAACAUGAGCUGGGCCUUUGCAAAGCUUGGUCUGACGGACGAGACCCUCUUUGAUGCCGUGGCCAAGGCAGUGCAUGAGCGUGUUUCCACGCUUCUUCCACAGCACCUGUCGCUGGUUUCCUGGUCCUUUGCAAAGCUCGGGUUGCUGAAUGAAGCUAUGAUGGAGGCGAUCACCAGAGAAGCUCUUGUGAAGGUCGAGGAUCUGGAUGGCCAGUCAGUUGCCAACUUGCUCUGGUCUUGUGGUGUGCUGUGCUUCAACGUCUCGUGGCUCUGGCGACCUCUAGUGCACAGAGCUCUCGCGCUGGGACGGCUGAGUGGUCUGGAGAUCUCCAACAUUGCAUGGGGACUUCAUGUCCUGCAGCAGAUGGACCUCUUGCGGCCCUUUUUGCAUCGUACUGCGGAGUGGUUUCUACAGACUGAUGCUCCGGGUUCCUCCUGGGCAGACUUUGCCAACAUCUGCAAAGAUGCCAACAAAGCCGGGAUGGAAGAGUCAGGGCUGGAGGCAGUGCAUCGAGGCUUCUGUGAAAGUUUCGUAGGGCCCCUCCUGGGGAGUUUACAACGCCUCCGAGCGAGCGGUUCGAGCGGUUCGGAGUCCUGGGAGGCUUUGGAUUCUUUGGAGGUGUCGCAGCACCGUCUCAACCUCCGAAGCCUGGGGCCGCAGUACACCCAGGAAGCCCUGAAAGCUCUCGGACUUUCUGACGAGAACGGUGAUUCGAGCGGGAGUGAGCGAAGUGGAUUCAGUGGGCUGAGUUUCCUACGAGAGGCACGCAGGCAGUGCCGGGAUGCCCUUCUGGAGUGGCAGAUCCCGAGCGUGCACUCCAUCCUGGCCUAUGCGAAGUGGAAGGUCGUGCACCCGAGCGGGGCCGAGUGUGUGCUUGCGGGAAGGGUCUUUGCAUCCCAGCUGCCGCAGGCGGAGGAGGAGCUGGUGGCUCUGCUGAGACCCUUUGCGACCUGCGAACGAUUCGCAGAGAGGGUGGCCCUGCUCACGCUGCUGCAGGCCAUGUCCGAGUCAAUCGGGCAGCGCCUUGAACAACUUGCUGAUUUUGAAGGUCACGUGAAGCUGUACCUCACCCAUGUACCGUCGCUUUGCACACUUGGGAUGCUUUGCCAACUGCUGAGCACCUCUCCCAAGAUCUCCAUCCACUUUGCCUUCGACGAUGCGUGGCGGAGCUUUUGUGGCAAUCCGCGUGUCGCUGCGACCUGA